CCCAUUUCCAGGAGCGCAGCGGAGCCGCCAACACCUGCAGCCCGCUGCAGCCCGUGUCGGGCUAAGGACCGUGGACGGAGGCAUGGCUUCUUAGAGUCUUCCCUUCGGGGAGAGGCCGGUGCAGAGUCCAGCCCAACUCGGCAGAGCCCUGUGCAGAGGAGGAGAGGUCCCUCUGCACCCCAACACAGACUGGGGGCACGAUGAAGAAGAACCAGUCUGUGCAAGGGACCUUCAGCAAACUCUUCGGGAAGAAGCAUUCAACUCCCACCACCACCUCCUUGUACGCCACCAACCCGCCCUGGAUCUUCACCCAGGAGGUCCCCGUAGAGGGGACCAGGGACUUUGAUGGAAUUUAUUAUGGAGACAAUCAGUUUAAUACAGUGAGUGAGUCAGGAACUGCCACCCUCAAGCCUCGGCCAAGAGUUCGCCCUCUGUUAACCUUCUUACCUCUGAAUGCACAAGAAAAUCAUGGACUGGCUGUACCAACCCCAUCUGUCCCAGAGGAUUUUAUGGACAAAGAAGUGACUGACAAAGGCAGCAGUCUGCAAGUCAAUGGUAACCUCCGACUGUACAGCUCUGUGGGUGACCUGAGAUCUAGGCACUAUGGUGAAGAGCCCAUCAUCCCUCCACCCCCCGUGGGCCCAGCUCCAGGACCACCCCCAGAUGUCUCGGUGUUCAAGGGGGAGUCUCCACCCCCUCCCCCACCUUCCAUGGCACCCCCACCUCCUCCCCUAGUGCUAGAACCCCAACCACCACCACCACCCAACAUGGCCCCACCUCCACCACCUGGGGCUCUGUCUCCAACAUCUACUCUCUCCUCCCCACCAACCCCAACCCCUCCAGACUUUAUCCCUCCAGCCCCACCCCUAGCCUUCUUGGCACCCCCACCCCCUUCUAUGCCAGCACCAGGCCCCCCAGUCCCAGAGUCUCCUCGUACACCAACAGGGCCUCGGUUCUUCACUUCUGGAGCUGUCUCCAAAUGGAAAUCAGAGACUGUGCUAAAUGGGGGGCAGUCUGAGGCAUACAAGGACAGCCCCCCCAGAAGCCCUGCUGCCCCUCCUACUGAGUCCAAGCCUGAACCCCACCUUACCUUCCCCCGUGCCUUCAAGGUACCCCCUCCAACCCCUGUCAGGACCUCAUCCAUCCCAGUUCAAGAGUCUCCUGGGGAUCCCCAAGAGGAGGGGGAGACUCCUAAGAAGACUUCAAACCGGCUCCCCUUACCACCCAGUUUCCAUAUCCGCCCUGCAUCCCAAGCAUAUCCUGAUGGGACUCAGGAGCCAGAUGGCCCCAGGAAGCUUAGAGACACUAUGCCAGCUAGUCCUCAGCCUAACCAAACCAGCCCCAGAAUAAACAGCAGAACAGCAACACCACCUUCAGCCUCUCCACUGCCACCCCCAGCACCCCCUCUUCCUCCAGAGGCACCCCCUCUCCCUCCAGUAGCACCUCCUCCCCCUCCAGAGGCACCCCCUCUCCCUCCAGUAGCACCUCCUCCCCCUCCAGAGGCACCCCCCCUCCCUCCAGAGGCUCCCCCUCUGCCUGUUAUCGAAAAGGUCCCAGUACCGCUGACAGGGCUUAGGAAAGUUCCCAAACCAAGUUCUCCCACCCCCAAGUCCCAAACUCCCACCCCAGUGGCCGAGGACUCCUCAGACCCUGUAGACUGGCGGGAUCCCAAGCAAAUGGACAAACUGAGAAGCGAGCUGGCUGCCUACCUCUGUGGCUCAAGGAGAGAAGAACGCUCCCCCUGCAAUGGGACUAGUCCCACACCCCCCUCCAAAGUUGCUGAGAACAGAGACAAGAGCCCCAUUUUACCUAAGAAGCAGACUCCCCCAAACCUGACUCUCCCACCUGUGGACUAUGCCCCAGCAGAUCCCCCCACUCCAAGUGUCCAGCGCAUCAGGAGUGAGCUGGAAGCCUUGAUGUCCCCCUCAUUGGAAAAGGAAACUAAGGCAGCCACAGGCCUCCCGUCUCCUAAACCCCCAUUGGAAGUCAAAAAGGUAAUAGAGAAUGGAGCUGGGGGUGCCAAACUUCCCAAGCCGGUGGCCAAGAAGCUCCCACUUCUGCCCACCCCACCCAGACCUGAGGCAGAAAAGGAUGCAGAAAAGGAUGCAGGCAUCCCUGCGGCCAGGACUGUUGAACCAGGGGAGAAACCCCCCGAGCCUCAAACAUCUGCCAUACCUUCUCCCCUCCAGCCCAAGGGCUCCCCUUUGGUGCCUCAGAAACUUGGAAGGACGGGGCCACCUCCUUCACCAACCCCUGCACCCAAGACUCCCCUGGUCCAAGAGGAGGUGCCGGUUCUCUACAAAGCCCACCAGGGCCAAGACCAGGAGGGGGCUACCGUACCACCUAGCCCUGCCAAGAAGGAGUCUGGAGAGAUCCGAGAAAACAACCCAUCUGUCAAGACCCCUGGAGAAGCUCAGGCAGACAGGGAGGUCCUCAGACACCCAGUGACAGGGGAGAUAGUGGAAAAGGGAUCUCCAAUGGCUUUACUCCUUGCCGCCAAACAGAGAGCCCAGAAAGGGCGUGCUAGGGGCAGUGCCCUGGGCCGGUCCUCAUUGCCAGGGAGUCUCCGUGGCAACAGAAAUCAGUCAGAGACUGUCUCUGAAAGCAUCAUCUACAGUGAGGUCCGGCCCAACUCCUUCACGGUUGUGCCCAAGCCCAUGAGAGAAGUAGAGCAGUCUCCCCAGAUGCCCAGUCCGACUCAUCGUGACAAACCCAGCAAGUGGGGCUCCCCAGCCCCAAGAGGACCAGGGACUUCAGAGUUCCAGCCCUGGAAGAGAGGGUCCAAGGACGAAUCUCAGCCCUCCGGGAGCCAGGAGAGACCAGCCUCUUCCUACGGCCGCAGCCACCCGUUCCCCAAGUCCUUCUCUUCGCCGUCUUCCCCUUCGCACCAGGGAAGCGAUAAAGAGGAAGAAGAAUUUAACUUUGAGGUCAUCCCACCACCCCCUGAAUUCAGCAAUGAUGCUGACUUUUCUAACCCACCUCCCGCCCCAGCCCCGGUCCCACCCCCAGCCUACCUGGGCCACAGGGGUUCUCCUCUCCGAAACAGCUUCUCAGACUACGGCCAGACCCUGGACCUGGGCUUUCCGGGCUACGAGCGGCCGUCCCCUUCGGGAUCCCCGGGAAAUAGCUACUCCCGCUACUACUCUGGUGUCCACUACGGCGGCGGUGGGGGCUUCGAACGCUUCUCAAGUGGAGGCCGCUCCCUCAUUAAGAAACGCCUCUACCUCAACGAGCAGCGGAGGAGCCCUGGCCCUCCCCGCUGUGGCCCAGGAGGCGGCCCUGCCCGGAGUCUGAGCACCCCCAAUGCCUUUGGGCCCCAGCCUGGUGGAACCUAUGGGUCCGGGCAUGGAGGAGCAGAGAUGCGACGCGUUAAUUCUUCAGGUCGGGCCCCGCCUGGGGGCCUGCAUACCCGAAGACUCUCUCUAGAAGGGACUGGAAGGAAGGGACCCUAUGCAGGAGGGGGUGUCGUUGGCAGUGGUGGCCCUGGGGAGAAUAUGUACAAAGUAUCUAAUACGGACUACAGCUUCACCCCAGCAACAAACCGGUCGCCCUUCAGCAGUGCUCAGUAUAGCAGUCCUGCCAACACCUUCACAGUGCGACCUGGAACCCGACAACCCAUCUCCUACGUCUACUCUGGAGCACAUCGAAAAGCUCCAUCCUGAGCUUUGCCUGCCUUAGUGAACUGGAACUUAACUAAGAGGCAGAUGGACAAUGAAAAGCAGUCUUCUGGAAAGGAUGAAGGGUUCCUAUUUGGAUUUUAUUUGACUGAACGCUGUCACUGACACCUGGAUUGACUUAGAUGUUGGAGGUGGGGGAGGAAAGGGGGAAACACUUGGCUAGGAUCCCUGAGUAGCCAAAGUCCGAGUUUCUGGCAGGUUAGAACCCCUCCCUCCCCCUCCCAAGCAAAUGCAAAAAAAUAUAUAUAUAAGAGGUUUUAAAAAGUUCAAACCAUAAAUAACCUGUGAACAGAUUAGCAGCAGAGACACUGUCCCCUCUCCCAGGUCCCAGCUCCGUGUCUUCCAAGGGCUACAAAUCCUCUUUGGAAUCCUCUGGGAUUUUUAGUGGGAUGCCAUAGAUAACUGGAAUUUACUGCCUAUCUGGCCCUCAGAUCUUGCUCUAAGUACUUGCUACUUUUCUGGGAGAGGAUUUGGACAUGUCCCAGGGAGACCGAGGCUCUUUGACUACAGCCAGCCCCAAUGUUUUCACUCUCAAAAAUAUCAAGACUCUCUGAUAACCCCCAGUCAGAGCCACUCUGCUAAACAUGAGGGCCCAAGAAGAUCAGAGUGCCCUGGACUUCUGUUUGCCAUGGGCAGGGGGAAGGAAGGGGAGACCCCGAAUUUUUCCCAGUUUCCUUCAGCCAGGAUUAGGGGAAGAUGAGUCCCUAUGUUGAGGGGGAUGCUGAAUGGGGCUCGAUUUACAAUUCAAGUCUAGGUCUUCUUAGCCAUGAUUUUGGGAGCAGAGCACAAAGGAGCCAGAAGACUUGGGUUCUGGGGCUUGAGCUUGGAGUCAUUAGCUUAACCAGGCUUUCUAGUGGGUUUAGGAGGAGGAAUCCUCACAGAUCUCUCCCUAUUCCCCCAACACUCCUCCUCCCCCCAAAUCAUAAAAAUCACUGGAGUUUAAUACUUCUAGCUGAGGGAUGCGGAAUAAGGAGAGGGAGUAUUAAUGAAUGAUUUGUAACAGACAAGUUUAAUGGUUGACUGAGAAGUGAGAAGAGGGAGAGCGAGAGAUGAAGAGAAGGAUUGUGUUCAUCCUAUCUGCUCAAGGCAGGGACAUGGCUUAGGACACGGGCCCUUCCUUUGGCCCCAGGCUCAGGGAAGAGAUGUUCCUGAAUAAUGGGGGCCGGGGGAGCUGCCCGUCUCUGUCCCCAAGGGGUCACAGCGCUCCAGCAGGGGACAAGGAUUUUGAAUGAUGUCAGUGUGGAUACAGUUAGUCAUGCCCAGUUGAAAGUACCCAGAAGAAGAUUUAAGGAAAGAAGGCAGAAUCUGAGGGGGUGGUGGGGCCUGGAGGGUCUGGCCUGCUCCAGAACUUAAACUAUCCCUGCAUAUCCUUUUGCUGAGUCCAGGGAGCUCUUUAUAAGAAAUGGACUUGACCUGAUGUCCAAACCCGGCCCCAACUCUCUCUCUCUCUGUAAAAUGUGUGUGUACUUUCUCUGCACAGUGUUUUGUAAGCGUCUAUUAAUUUAUAUUCUGGAUUAAGGCACACAGGAGGCACUGGAGGGGAUGGGUGUGGGCUAACUGCUGUACAUUAUUUAGGGAGGGCGUUGAAUGGGUUUCUCUUGGCUGUGGAAAUAAACAGGUCUAGUCCAAAAUUACUGACUGUGACCGGCU